AGAAAUUGAUUACAAAAUAUACUAUAAUUUUUUUUCCACGUAAUUUAAUAUUUUUUUCAUGCAAAUAUUAUCAUCUGAGCAUUUUAAAUAGUAUAUUAAUAUUUUUAGGUUAAGCAGUUGUCAGAAGAAUUAUUAAAAAUGGUUACAACGGAAUCAUUAGCAGAAACAACAGACGUUGUCCAAAUUCUUCGGCAAUGGGAAGAUGAACACACAUCAUCAUCAUACGACCCUAUUCCUACAUUACAAAGGUUGGCAGAAAUAAUAGAAGUCGAAACAGAAAAUUAUCUGAAAAUGGAUCCAGAUCCAUUUGAUGAGAGGCAUCCUUCGAGAACGGAUCCAGAAUGUAAUUUUGGUCAUAUUCUCAAAGUUUUGUUCAGAAAAGAUAAUUUUAUGACCAAGUUAAUCAACGAUUAUCUGAGAGACACUUAUUAUUCUAGAAGUGGAAUUACAGGCCGUGAUGUAAGAAAAUUAAACAUAGCAGCUUGUCGAUUGAUGUUAGACAUUCUUCCAGGCUUAGAAACUUCAGCCGUAUUUCAACCAGAUAAUGAUAGUUUAAUACAUAGACUAUUUUCAUGGGCUGAAAAAAGUGUUGAACCACUUCAAAGUUAUGCCACAGGCCUUUUAGCCGCUGCAAUGGAAGUUCAAGAAAUUGCCACAAGUUUCCGUGAACAAAAUGGUAAAUUAGUACCAUUAAUGCUUCAGAGACUCCAUAAACUUCAAGAAAAAGCUCAAGAAGAUCGUCAUGCAUCAUCAAUAAACAACCGGCCAUUUGCACACUUUGGUGGAAGUAACGGGUUUAAUGAUACAGAGAAUACAGGUGUAUAUGGUAAAAGAAAAGCAAGAGAUAAAAAACGUGGAAAUGGAGUAGUAAAAAGUCCUAGCAUGUUAUUUUAUUCAGAUGAUGAGGAAGUACCAAGUGCUGAUGAAAUGUUGCCAAAUAAAAAAAUGCGAGUCGGUGAAAAAGAACAAUUAACUCCUUUGAAAUCAACUGAACAAUAUUCUGAAAUUAUGUCACCGCCAAUUUCAGUGUCCAAAGUCUCCAAUCAUUCUAGUUCUCAAGUAACUCCGUUGAAAAGUCCAAAUACUAGAGCCACUCCGCCAAAAUCUGGAACAAUACCUGCCAAACCUAAUGCGGUACGAAAUUUAUCGCAAAGUGGUAACACGCCUACUCUAUUAGUGGAAGGAAAUUCAAAUUCAUCUUGGGCAGAAUUAGAAUCUUAUGUUAUUGGUAAUAUACAAAUACAUCCACCAACAUUGGCAACUCGACAGAUGCUUAUUCUUCGUUAUCUCACACCUAUGGGUGAAUAUCAGGAAUUUUUAGGUCACAUUUUCGAACAAAAAGCUUUGGAAUUGAUAUUCAAAUAUAUUAACGUUCGUGAAACUAAAGACAGUAGACUUGCUUUUGAAGCUCUAAAAUACUUGGCAUCAUUAUUGUGUCACAAAAAAUUUUCUAUAGAAUUUUUAAAUAUGGGAGGAUUACAAAAAUUACUCGAUGUCCCGAGGCCAAGUGUUGCAGCUACUGGUGUUUCUAUUUGUCUAUAUUAUUUAGCGUACUGUGAAGAUGCAUUGGAACGUGUAUGUGUACAAUCAAAGGUAAUGAUUGCAGAUCUAGUAACAUAUGCCUUGUGGUUACUAGAAAGAAGUCAUGACUCCGGUAGAUGCCAUGCUACAAUGUUCUUCGGCUGUUCGUUUCCAUUCAAAGUUAUUCUUGAAGAAUUUGAUGCUCAAGAUGGAUUACGAAAACUAUUCAAUGUUAUCUCAACUUUACCCAUUUUAAACGUCGAAGAAGGCCCUACUCUAAAUGAUGAUGUAGAGUGUGCAUCUAGACAAAUAGUUCGACAUGUUGCUGUUGCUUUAAAGAAAUAUAUGGAAGUUCACUUAUAUUGGAAGGCAGAGCAACUAUUACGAAUGGAAAAUGCUAGAACAGAAAGUGAAAAUUGUCAACCUUCACUAUUACCACAUAAGCCAUGUAAAUUUAAAAACGAAGAAGAAGUUCAAGAAAAAGUAGAAGUACUUCAUAAACUAAUGAGUAUCCGUGCUGUUUGGUCACCUGUUGAAGAACUCUAUAGGCUUGGUGCAAUAACUCUUUUAUUACAAAUAGUAGCAUUUGCUCGUGAAUGGAUUUUUAACAAUCGGGCUUAUACAUCAUCUAGUGCAGAAACUGUUCGAUCGUGUCUUGAUGUAAUUUCUAUUUGUUCUGUUGUUCCAAAAGUUAUGAUGUUACUUUGUGACAGAUUACAUAUAUCUGAUGCAACUAUCACUACAGCAAUCAAUUUAUUAUUAGCAGCGGCAGAAGGAGAAAUUGUUCCGGAUCCAGAUGUUCAACGAGCAGCAUUAAGAGCCAUCGUUAAUUGUGUUUGUGCACCAAUCAACAGAGUUGUUGGAACAGUUUACAGAUACUCAUCGGCUGGAUCGGCUAAGAAGAAAACUAAUACUCAUAAAAAUGAAGAGUUAAUUCAAAAAGUUUGGUCUAGUGUAAGAUCUAAUAAUGGAAUAAUGGUUUUAUUGCAAUUAAUGAUGGUAAAAACUCCUAUUACGGAUGCUGAUAGCAUACGAGCACUUGCAUGUCGAGCGUUAGCUGGUCUAGCGCGAAGUGAAAAAGUUCGCCAAAUUAUUAGUAAACUACCGAUGUUUACUGAUGGACAAAUACAGUCGCUGAUGAAGAAUCCAAUUCAUAAUGAGAAGCGUCAGGAACAUGUAAUGUUCCAAAAAUACGCACUCGAAUUAAUGGAGCGUGUUUCAGGUAAAGCAAAACCAGCUGGUAAUGAAUAUGAAAUGUCAUUAGCGAGUUUACAUCGAGCUAAUGUCAUAGCACAAACUCGUAUACAGUACGAUGAUCAACAAUUGUAUCAAAUAAUUUGCCAACAUCUUAUGCUCAAAGGAUUAGAUAAAAUUGCUUUAGAUCUACAGAAAGCUGUCAAUUUAGAUAAUUCAGCAAUCAUGAAGCCAAUAACUUCCUGUCAACCAUUUACAUAUAGCAAUCCUAGUACAUCCGGAAUUCGUAGUUUAAGCCCUGGAACCCCUAUUAGUUUGUAUAAUACUAAUAGAUGUAAUCAACGCGAUAACUUUAGCCGACAUAACAUGAUACAAUCUGUUGCACUUUCAUCACCACGAUUUAAUAAUUAUCCACCAAGUAAUUUUUCUCCUAUCUCAAGCUCUAUUUCAUCCAGACACAAACAAUCUGAUAAUUUGAAUCAAUCAUUACCUUCAAUGAGUGGCCAAACAAACCAACCAAUAAAGCUUCAAAUUAAUAGCAGAAAAACAAAUUUACAAGAUAAGAAUGCAUCAUCUGCUGGAUCUACAAGCCAUUACCAAAUGAGCCCAAUCUCUUGCAUGUCACGAUCACUUCAGAAACAAAUAUCCUGGGAUGCUGGUGGUGUUGAAAUUGGCAAUGUUUCAGGAAUAGCAACUCCUUUAGUCCCUACUAAAUCUCAAUUAGAAUCAAUAGUUACUGAGUACCUGACUAAUCAGCAUUCUUUGUGUAAGAAUCCUAUGGUUACGUGUCCGAAAUUUAAUUUAUUCCAGCCUCAUAAGUGUCCUGAUCCACGACCGAAAAAUUCAGCUGCCACUAAUGUAACUGUACGAGUAACAAGAAGACCUUUUGGUUUAGAUAGUACGAAACUUGACAGACGACACAUUUACAGCAAGUUUUGCCCAAUUAAAACUUUCCGUCCUGCAGACGUCGAUGGCACCUUCACUUGCUGUGUUUUUUCACCUUGUCAACAAUAUCUAAUGCUCGGUACUUACUCUGGAGAUGUCAAGAUAUUCAAUUUACAUACUGGAACUGAAGAAACUACUUAUCAAUGCCAUGAAUCAUACGUAUAUCAUAUUCAGUGCAAUAAGAAAGGAGAUCUGUUAUUAACAUCUACUGUAUGGAGGCGGCCUUCUUCUGCUUUAUGGAGUAUUGGACAGUCGUUUGAUAUGAAGCUACCAAUAGAUAAUGAAGACUAUGUAGAAUUCAGUAAAUUGCAAGAUAAAAUUAUUGGUACUUUAAAUGAAACAGCUAAAAUCUAUGAUGUUGCUACAGGCAAACUUAUAAAGACUCUUAAACCAUCUGUAUCCAAUCAAUACAAUAAAAAUCGUGCAACAUUUAGUAUGAAUGAUGAACUAGUGCUAAGUGACGGUAUUUUAUGGGAUUUAAAUUCGGGAAAGGAAAUUCACAAGUUCGAUAAAUUAAAUCAAUCACUUAAUGGCGUGUUUCAUCCUAAUGGUACUGAAGUUGUAUCAAACACAGAAGUGUGGGAUCUCAGGACGUUUCAUUUAUUGAAUACAGUACCAGCGUUAGAUCAAAUGGAAGUUGUUUUUUCACCCAUUAAUCAUAUUAUUUAUGCAGUGUCAUUAGAACAGGAAAAUGAUGAUGAAUCCCCUAAUAUAACAUCCUUUAAAACUUUAGAUGCAUUAGAUUAUAGUAGUAUAGCAACUUAUGAUGUAAAAAGAGGCAUUUACAGUCUAGCCUGUAACAAGUAUGAUACUCAGAUUGCAAUUGUAGAAAAUCAAGGCGAUUUCGAUAGCGUGCAAGAGUCUUGUGUCAGAUUGUAUGAUGUUGGAAGACGAAGAGAUGAUGAAGAUGAAGCUGAUGAAGAUGAUGAUGAAGAAGAUAUGGAUGCCAGUGAUGAUGAUGGUUCCAAUUCUGAUUCAGACGAUGAUAAUAAUGAUGCAGAUAAUGCAGAUGCAGCUGGUGAAGAUAAUGGUGAUGGACCUAACUUAAAUGAAGGUGAAGAUGAAGAUGACGAUGAUGACGAUGAUGAUGAUGAUGAUGACAGCUUAGAUGGAGAUGAAUCUGUUAAUGACAGUCUUGAUUUUGAUGGAAAUUCACCAGAUUAUUCACUUUCUGAUACAGAUGAUUUUGUAAUUAUGCUUUAAAUUCAACCGCUAGUAAACAAUAUUUUUUCUUUAUCAUAA